AUGGAGGCAACAGAGCGCACAGAGAACAUUGCCUUGCUGCUACGAGACCGCGAGUAUCAUCGGUCCAGACCAUGCACCAACUUGUUGCGACAACGUCGAGCAUACACCAGCAUUGUUCCAAACAAGACUAUUCACAAUAUAAACUUGCCACCCUUAACAUUCAGGAGAUUCACUCCAGAUGGACAGUAUCUUAUCACAUUCUCCAAGCACCAACACGCAAUUACCUUGUAUCGCUACGAAGGUCCACCAAAACGAUCAGUUGACUUGGAUGAGGCUGCGACGUCAACUGUCGUAUGGGACCGCAUGUUUACGUUUGUUUACGAAAAGGUCUUGACUUCGGGCUCGGAAUUGUUGUGUAAAGAUUUUUGUCUGUUUACCGUCAACAAGACUCAGAUGAUCUUGUCAUCGGCCGUUCCGUCAUCAGGUCAGCCCGAACAUGCACGACGUUAUCCACACUCAAUUCGGUCGAUAAGCUCGUUGGAUGAUGUGACAUUCUGGCUGUUAGAUAUCGAGACUGGUCAAAUACUAGAUCGCAAGAUAUAUCGAAACGACUACAUCUUUUUAUCAAACCAUGCUGGUGUUCAUAUGCUCCGUAAUCAUAUGUGUAUAGCCUCUGUACAGCAUCAAAGUGUUUACAUUUUAGAAAUUAAGGAAACUGGAAAGUUUGUAGAGCUUCGAACAGUCGGAUGGUUCAAUUAUGAGGAUGACGCUUUGAUAUUGUCUCGAGCCACUGAUGCUGAAGAACAAUACCGUCAACGAAUAAGGGUCAAUCCGCCUAUAGCAAAUCCAAACAAUAGAUCAACACCAGCCAACACGACUUCCAUGGAUUGGGAGCCUGAUUACGUGUAUACUGGACUCAAUUCGAAUCGAAGAUUAAUCGGCCAAAGAGUCUUUCGGCCUCCAGAACAGCCUGAUGUGACUGCUCAAUUAGUUCCCGCUCUUCUCUCAACACGUCCACCUCCGAGACAGCAACCUCCUCCUCGAGCUACUUUUAAUACCGAGCAGCUGAUGGAAGUUGAUGAUGAGAGCAUACCGUUGAGUGGUCUAAAGCAACGAAUAUUGACAUUCUUGUAUCGUCGUGCCGUAUCAAGUGGGAAUGACGCAGGCAUAAGGAAUUUCUAUUUGACUUAUCCAUACUUUGCUACUCUUGUCAUGUGGAGGGUUCAAUUUAUCGACCAACAUCACCUCAUGAUCAAAAUGGGCAACCUGGAGCAGGUUGUCGGGAAGAACCCGGAGCCCACUACAGCCUCAAGCUCGUUUUUUGUCGUAUACUCUUUAUUGACCACUGAAGUCAUUGGUGUACUUGACAAUGCUUCUGAAUUUCUUUUACGCGAGAUGGAAUCAUGGGACAGUCUACGAGGAAUGCCCUUCUCUGAUCCUUUACAGUUUGUCACAUCAAUGGCAAACAAUGACUAUGCUCGUGACACGGUCCGACGCCACAUGUAUGCUGUCCGUAAAGCUAGAAAUGGUGGUGCUGCUCAAGCCAUCAAACGUAUAGUGUCACAACUACCUGUCAACGCCCAAAGCUUUCUCGAGACGCCCUACUUUGACCAAGGAUUGUUUAGUUAUGAUGAGAAGGUCAUAAACAACAAUGACAGGACGCGUCUUUUGUCGGAAUUCCCAGUCAAGUUUUUCUCUCGUGCUACUGGGGUAUUCAAAUUCCGAAUAGAUCCACUACCUGCACCUUUUGGAGCUCCUCAACCUCCAGCUCGUGCAAUGCAGAAACGAUAUGUACAAUUCUUGUUUCAUCCAACAGAGCCACUAGUUAUUACGAGUCUCAUAACGCCAGGUGCUCCAGCAGUCAUCAACAUUCACUUACGAACAUAA